UAAAUAAAAAGUUUGGUAAUUUUUAUUUUUUGACUCGACAACCCGCGGGCACGCGUGCACUCGAAUCAAAUGAAAACAUUUUUAAUUUUGGUUUCUACAAAAAAAAUAAAAUAUCGGGCAUCCCUGCUGUGAGUUCCACGUGCUGUGACGGCUCGCAUCUCUCAUGUGUAAACACGCUGUUUUUGAGUGGCCGAUUCAAAACAAACUUUUUCUUCUCCCGACAAUCAGGCAGCAUGGUCGCGUUUUUGGACUGAAGUGCAGAAAUUUUCAUAAAUUCCUGGAAAAGUCUUACUUUCUGAUAUUUGGUAAAAGUUUGGUUGGUUCUAAAGUGGAGAGCUAUUUAGUGAUAGUGUUUCGUAAGAAAUAAACCCUCGGCCACGAUGGUGAAAAGAAACCACAAGUAUCAAUCCGGGGAAGGCGCCCAAUAUUUGACCCGGAAGGCGGCUAUGCGUAAGCUGCAGCUGUCGAUGCAAGAUUUCCGGCGGCUGUGCAUUCUGAAGGGAAUCUACCCGAGGGAGCCGAAACAUCGAGCUGUGGCGCAACGAGGCAGUACCGAUAUCAAAAUUCUGUACCAUAAGAAGGACAUCACGUUCCUGCUGCACGAACCGAUCGUUUGGACCUUGAGAGAUCGGAAAAUCUUCAAUCGGCGCAUUGCUCAAGCCCGUGCCAAGGGAAAUAAUUUGUUGAAAAAUGUACGAAUGGCCAACUAUCCGGAAAUUAAGCUGGAUCAUAUUAUCAAGGAACGGUUUCCUACUUUUAUCGAUGCAAUCAAAGAGCUGGACGAUUGUAUGACGUUGCUGUUUUUGUUCAGCACCUUUCCGGCGAUGAAGGUCGUGACUCGUGACGUCACCUCCCUGGCUCGGCGAUUGACCAUUGAAUUUAUGCACUAUGUCAUUGCGGCUAAGGCCCUCCGGAAAGUAUUCGUUUCGAUCAAGGGGUAUUAUUUUCAGGCCGAAAUCAAAGGUGAACUUAUCACCUGGAUCGUGCCGCACUACUACCCGUUCCAGCCGCAGCGAAAGGAAUAUGUCGAUUUCAAAAUCAUGAAAUCUUUUGCCGAUUUCUUCACCGUUAUGGCCGGAUUCGUAAACUAUCGGCUGUACAACUCGAUCAACAUGGUCUAUCCGCCCCAAUUCUCCAUCUCGGUCGAUUCCGACGAAAGUCGUGCCAGCGAGGAAACCUUCGUUUCGGAGCGUAUCGCCGCGCUGAAUAUGGAUCUGCAGCGGACAGAUUCGACUGGUGUCGAGGAAGACGUUGAAGACAUCGAUUUGCAGCUGCUGGACAACGACAAGGAUUCGGAUCAGAUUCGCAAACUACGCGAAGAUGCACUCAGCAUGAACAAGCUGAAAAACCUUUUCAAAGGAUUGAAAUUCUUCAUAAACCGUGAGGUGCCCCGAGAACCACUGGUGUUUAUCAUCCGUUGUUUUGGGGGUCGCGUUUCGUGGGAUCGAAACCUAUUCGUAGGAGCAACCUUCGAUGAAUCCGACGAAACAAUCACCCAUCAGAUAGUGGAUCGACCGAGCCUGAACAAGCAAUACAUCUCACGGGAUUACGUCCAACCACAGUGGAUUUUCGAUAGUGUCAACCAGAGAAAGCUUCUGCCGACAAACAAAUAUUUCAUAGGAGCCGUUCUUCCUCCUCAUCUGUCGCCAUUCAACAACGAUGCUGUCUACGUUCCACCAGAGGAAGCGGCCCUGCAAGGAGAUGGCAAUGAGUUUGAGCGCAAUCGUCGUGAGGAAGGUGUGUCCGACGACGAGGAAGAUGACCUGGGCAUGGAGGAAGCACGCAAACAGGUUCAACUAGAUUAUGCCCUGGAUAAGGCUUUCCGUGAGGAAAACGCUGAAGAACUAGACUCCGGAAAACCAACUGAACAGAAAGACGACGACGAAGAUGACGAUGACGAUGAAGAACCAGAGGAAAAGGACGAAGGCAAAACCGACAAACAGAAAGAAAAGAAGCGAAAGAUGGCCGUAGUAAGUGGGCAAAUCUACAAGGAAAAUCCUAAAGAACAGAAACAAUUAACCAAGCAGGAGGAAGCUCUGCGUGCCCGGAUGGUAAAAUCGAGGCACAAGAAGCUUUAUCGCAAAUUGGUGGACAAACAAAAGAUGGCCACCAAGGAAGCGAACUUGCUGCGCGAGAAACGGCAACAGAUCGACAAAAAGCAAAGGCAGGAGCAAACCGCCAAGAGGAAGGCCCAGCGGAAGGAAAUUUUGGCGUAAAAGUGUAAGAUUAGCCUUAUUCAUUUUUUUUUGAAUAUAUAUUUUAUUAUUACGAUCACAA